AUGAACGAGCACGCAUCCCUCCCCAGGGAGACUGCUGUCCUGUGGGGCCCACUCGUGGAGCUGACAGCACAUGUCGGGUGGGAUACUGAGGAGUUCCUGGGAGAAGUUUUGCGGAAUGAGAACCUCAGUGCUGGUGCAAGGGACAACAGAGACCAUAUUCUACGGGGCUUGCAGCAAAUCAAAGCUAGGUACUUUUGGAAUUUUCAGCCCCAAGGGGGAGACCAAGCUGAAAAUUACCUUGGACAGGACAGCUCCGAUGAUAAUCACAGUGGAACUCAUGGCCCUUCUCUCACAUCAGAUGCACCUUUUUUGUCAGAUUAUCAGGAUGAGGGAAUGGAAGACAUCACAAGAGGAGCUCAAGAGCUUGAUAAUAUCAUCAAGCAAGGAUACUUAGACAAGAAAAGCAAAGAUCAUAGUUUCUUUGGAUCAGAGUGGCAGAAGCGGUGGUGUGUUGUCAGCAGAGGCCUCUUCUACUACUAUGCUAAUGAGAAAAGCAAGCAGCCCAAAGGGACCUUUCUCAUUAAGGGCUACAGUGUACGGAUGGCCCCCUACCUGCGAAAAGAUGCCAAGAAAGAAUCCUGCUUUGAGCUGACCUCCCAGGAUAGGCGCAGCUAUGAGUUUACAGCUUCUAAUCCAGCCGAGGCCAGAGACUGGGUGGAUCAAAUAAGUUUCUUGUUAAAGGACCUGAGCUCCUUAACCAUUCCAUGUGAAGAGGAGGAGGAAGAGGAGGAAGAAGGGGAGAAGGAGGAAGAGGAAGAGACAUAUGAUGAUAUCGAUGGCUUUGACUCCUCAAACUCUGGUUCCCAAAGCAGACCCAUUAUCUUGCAUGGGAGUGUGGGGCUCAAAGAGCCCAUGGAGGAGAAAGAAGAAGAUAUUUAUGAAAUCUUACCAGAUGAAGAGCAUGACCUAGAAGAGGAUGAGAGUGGCACUCAACAAAAAGGAGUGGACUAUGCCAAUUAUUAUCAGGGCCUAUGGGAUUGCCAUGGUGACCAGCCAGACGAACUGUCCUUCCAACGGGGUGACCUCAUCCGCAUUCUGAGCAAGGAAUAUAACAUGUAUGGCUGGUGGGUUGGAGAACUGAACAGCCUCAUUGGGAUUGUUCCAAAGGAGUAUCUCACCACCGCCUUUGAGGUGGAAGAAAGAUGA